AUGUCAAUGAAAAGUACCCAAAUCAUGCGAUCGUGUCGAAGUAGCUUGCUACAUUUUAUCCACUGCGCUCCCGUGAUGUUAGCAAUGUGUGAUGACUCUUGGCUUAAUGAAUCUAGUAUCAAGGAUAAAGAUUCUCUGAUUACGUUGGCUAAGAUUCAAGAGCAAGCUGAGCGAUUCAAUGAUAUGGCGUGUGCUAUGAAAAAAGUUGUCGAGACAUCAAAAACACUUAACAACGAGGAGAGAAACUUGUUUUCAGUGGCUUAUAAGAAUGUAGUCGGGUGUUGUAGGUCAGCUUGGCGUGUUGUUUCAAAUAUUGAACAACGAUUGGAUGACCAGAAGAAAAAGCAAGCGGGAGAAUACCGUAGUACUAUUGAGAAGGAAUUACAAGCUGUCUGCCAGGAAGUCUUAGAUUUAUUACACGAAUCGCUACUCAAAAGUGAAAAUACAGCAGAAGGAUUCGUGUUUUAUAAGAAAAUGGAAGGUGAUUAUUAUAGAUAUUUAGCUGAGGUUCUAACUGGAGACAAACGUGCUGAUGUUGUAAAACAUUCAAGAGAAGCUUACCAGGCAGCGACGGAGAAGGCAAAUAGUGAUCUACCUCCAACUCAUCCAAUCCGUCUGGGCUUAGCCCUAAACUUCUCUGUGUUUUAUUAUGAAAUUGAAAACAACCCAGAAAAAGCAUGCUCAAUUGCUCAGACUGCAUUUAAUGAAUCAAUCGGACAGUUAGACCAACCUGACAGUGGUUCCUUUAAAGAUAGUACACUUGUAAUGCAACUCCUUCGUGAUAACUUAACUUUAUGGACUUCCGAACGUGAAGCUGCUCAGUAA